GAGGGAGUUUCAAUAAUAUCGCCGGAAACGAGCUUACUGAUAUCAGAGGAUUAUGCUGUUUGCGCUGUUGCACGACAAGACCCAGAGAAAAGCAGAACACAUUUCCUCCAACAGUAUAUAACCAAUCCCACGUUGUUCCCCCAAUCAUACCCCAAAAUAGGAAAAAAGAAAAUAAUCAUAUAUAAUAUCAGAUCCUCCAUUUCUUUUCGUCUUCUCUUCCACCUCCCAAGCUUCUUUCCUCUGCCCGAACAACAAUAAACGUACAACAAUGGCCUCAACCUCAACAACAACAGCAACCACAACAGCUCCUUCAGACUUUCCUGUCUUAUCCUCCAUUAACAACACUCAGUGCUCUGCUCCUUCCCCCUCUUCCCCAUCCAACUCAUGCACAAGCAGGUCCAUAAAAGAGGUAUGGCAGGAGAUCAGCCUCUCCUCCGGGCUCGUCGACCACUCUCGCCCCGGCACUGCUAUUGCCUCCGCCAUCUUCCACGAUGGUGGUCCCGCCGUCUCCCUCCAGGACUUCCUUGCUCAGCCCUUUGGCCUCUUCGACAAUGAUAGCAACAAUCCCCUCUCCUGCCACUUCUCCGCCCGGGACGACUCCUUCUCAGCACUCUCGAGGCCUCCGCCGGCCACAGUCAGUCUCUCUUCAGGCUUGGGCUACUACAAUUAUUAUCUCGACAGUCCUAUUUCCAGUAAGAUCAGGGCCGACCAGCCGCAGCACCAGGCUUGUAAUCCGGGAGCACCCUCACUCAUCGCCUCAGUCAGCUUGCCCGACAACCCGUUCAUGCACAAGAAGAAUGCUGUGCCGCAGCCGGAGAGUGGUGAUGACCACUCUGAACGCCGGAGGAAGCGCCUUAUGAAGAACAGAGAGUCCGCUGCCCGGUCCAGAGCUAGGAAACAGGCUUACACAAGUGAGCUGGAGCAGGAAGUAACCCAUUUACAGGAAGAGAAUGCUAAGCUCAGAAGACAAUAUCAGGAGUUAAGGUUGGCAGGUCCUGCUCUGCUUCCAGAAAAGCAGAGCCUCCGAAGAACCUUGACAGCACCAUUUUAAGAAGCAAGGCAUCCGGCCCCCAAUAAUCCACACUUUGCACAUAAUAAUAAAUGUCAAUCAUCAGAUCCACUCUCCUUUUGUUUUUGUCGUCCCCUUCUCUCUCUCUCUCUCUCUCUCUCUCUCUCUGCUCCAUUAACUUGGCCAAAGAUGUUACGCCACCACCAAUUGGAAAAAUUUUGUAGUCCUAUACCGGCGGACUUUUCUUCGUACCUUCAGAAUUGUCAGAUCUGUAUUCGAGAAAUGCAGGACAAUGUAGAUCUAAUGAUUCCAUGCGUAUAAAGAAUCGAUCAAGGACGGGAUCCGAUAACCCUUUCUCCCUCUUCAUUUCACUCUAUUCUAU